UUCCGAGCUCUGCCGGAAAGGCCCGAGAAGUUGCGAUUGGAUCUAGUGACUUAGAAAGGAUUUAUGGUCCAGUUGGGCUUUCCCCUUUCCGCGCAGAAGCAGAGAAAGAAGAGGUUUGGCGUGACUAAGGUUUUUACAAUAGGAAGAAAAGCGACUGUGAAAAUAUUGUACUUGACAAUGAAUGCGGAGAAUAAUUAUACUAAAGGUGGUGGUUCGACCGUUAUCACAAGACAGCCAAUGGAAUUGGGAACUUCAGAAUUUAAUUUCGGAAAUUCUAACGUUGCCAGUAUAUUGCAACCAGACCGGAAGGAAAAUGCAGACUGUGCCUAUGGUUUUGGAUUUUUGACAUGUUUCUGCUGCAAUAUUCCUGUUGGUCUUCUCGCCUUGUUGCUUGCCAAUCAAGCGAGCAAUAAAUUCGAAGAAAAGAACUAUGACAAAGGAGUUUUCUUUCGGAGAUUGUCCUAUCUAUUUAGCUUUUUUGCACUGUUGCUUGGGAUCACAACACUCGUUCUGAUAUUUACCGGAACAAUACCUUUGUUGUAGCCUUUAAAUCCGAUGUAUUAUAUUUUAAAGACCUGAGCAUCAUCUUUUUCUUUAAUCAUUACAAAUACUACUGUUUGUUAUGAUGCAUGAUUUUACAAUUAAAAUAAAUUAAAAUUUC